AUGAACAUCAAAUGCUUGACAGCGUUGCUACUCGUCUUUUUUCUCCCUUACGGACUUGGGAGUGGAAAGUAUUGCAAUCUAUCCGACUGCGGGGAGAAUAAUCUCGCCUGCGACAACGACGGCAAAUUCAACUUGAAAUGUAUGCCCAAUACCAGGCUCAUACCCAUGACAAUCUACCGCAUAUCCCUGCUGAGCGUCUUCAAUGAGUUCCGCAACAGUGUCGCCAGUGGGAAAAAGAAGCUAAGGCCAGCCGCCCGCAUGUCCCGCAUGAGCUGGUCCAAGGAGCUGGAGUACAUGGCCGGACUGGCAGCCAUGUCCUGCAGCAUGGAGAAGUUUUGCUUGAGCACGGAGAAUUUCUACUAUGUUGGGUCCAUCUUCGAUGUGUUCAAAUACCCAGGGAGGCUGGACGAAUUCAAAGACUAUGAACUAAUGACAAAACUGAUCAACGGUUGGAUGGACAGGCUGGUGGAUAUCCCUUUGGGGAUGGUCAUCUAUAUGCCGAAAGAUCUUGGAGACAUAAAAAUCGCCAAUGCCGCUAUUCUCAUUUCGGAGGCGAAUACCCAUGUAGGUUGUCAGGCCAUGCGCUUCGUCUUCAGCCACUUCCAUCAUUUCGUGUUCGUCUGCGCCUUCAGCACGGAUGUCUUCAUCAACCGAAGCCUCUACAAAUUGACGGCCAGGCCGGGCAGUGCCUGCAAGCGUCGGGACUCCACUUAUCCUGCGCUUUGUGCUCCCGGGGAGAUAUACCACAAUGACAGGCAGAUACCCAAUGGCACGCUCCUCAGGCCACACGGCAACGCCAAAAUUCAACGGGAUCCGGACCGGGGUGCCUUUUACAGUUACAAUUUUUACAGGAACAACUUUUAGCAGCAGCUUCUCUAUAAGAGUUCUUUAAAAUUAUCUGUUUUCCCACUAUCGAAAGGAGAGUGCGAAAAACGAAGAACACCCCAAUUAUAUUGAAAAUAAACCCGCUAUUAAAGAAAUCCAUUUUAUAUUUAAACCUAA